UUCUUCCUUCUCUCUAUGUUGCUGACUCAUCACUGUAACUGAAAAUGGCGGAGAACUCCAACGGCAACGACGUCCACGUGGAACAACAACAGCAAGAAGAAGAAGAAUCGGAAAAUCUGAACUACAGAAAAGAUAAAUCAGUGAAACAAACCUUGCCGGAGGUCCUUAACCGUCUCGCUUCCGACAUACUUUUUCCGGAACCUGCUGACGGUAAUUCCUUACUUCGCCGGAUCAAAAUCUCCGUCGCGGAGAACGCUUGUCUCGUUCCAGAAGCUUCUAGAAACUCCGCGCACGAUGUUCUCCUCUGGACUCGCCGCGGAAGUCCUCUCCGUGCUCUCCUCGUUAUCUCUGUUGGGACGGUUACUUUUGUUUCUCUUACAGGACUGCUUGUCUUUAUGCUUUUCUUUUUGGCCGCAACCAUAAAUGCCAUUGUCAUAUCACUGCUCAUGUCUUUAGCUGCAGCUGGAGGGUUCUUAGCUUUUUUCUUUGUAUGUGCUACUGCUAUAUACAUUGGAGCACUAUCAAUAGCCAUAUUUGUGAUUUCUGUUACUACAUUCUGGACAAUUGUGGCUGUUCUGAUUACCUCAGGCUGGAUUGGAUUUUUCUAUACUGUGUGGCUGAUAACUAGGAAGAGCUUCGGCUUGGCCAAACAUUCAUUGAGUGUUACUAGCUCUGCAAUCACAACUUACAAUACUUCUCGGGCGGCCCGUCACCUUAUACACAAAGAUUCAGAUUAAGGGAGAAGCAGUUAAACUCAGUUAUAAGCUUAUGUACAAAUCUUUAGUUACAUUUGCGUGCCUUAAAACUAUACAAGCUUGUAUUGACUAGUAAGACGCCUUGUAUCUAGAUACCUUUCACAGUUUGGUUUCAGUGCCUAUCUUUUGUUAUGUACUUGUGCAUUCGCAUAUAUUUUCAUCAAUGAUCCAGCUUAUUGUGUGUUGUGUUUGAAA